GGGAGACCAGGUCUGAACACAGUACUCCAGAAGCAGCACAACGUUCUGUACAACCCCAGCAUAAUGUACCAACUGCUUUCCCAAAAGUCUGAGCAAUGAAGCUGACGAGAUUAAUUAAAUUCUGAAAAUGGCUUCAUCGAAAGAAGAAGUGGAAAUUUCUGGACUGAUGAGUUUUCUACAGGAGUGGGACAAUGGCACCAAAGCUGUCCGACAUCGUAUGUUGAAUGACUUCAUAAAUACAAAUAAAGGUAAAACUGGUCCAGAGCUGGAACUACAGUUUGCUCAAGGUGCCAGUUUGUUUCUCACAAGAUUGACGGCAUGGCUCAGAUUAACCUACAUGGUUGGUACCUGUGUAACUGAACAGUUACAAGCCAUCGGUGUAUUUUUGUCUGCAACAAGUGGACAUCGAUAUCUCAUAGAAGUUUUAGAAGUUGGAGGCGUUUUGACGUUUCUAGAAAUUCUGAAAUUGAAACAGUUGCGAGAAGAUAAUAAAGAAGAAGCAUUAAAGUUGCUUCAAAUUAUUGCAAAUGCUGGACGAAAGUAUAAGGAACUAAUCUGCGAAAGCUAUGGUGUGAGAAAUGUUGCAGAGUGUUUGGCAAAUGCAAAACUGGAAAAGACCCUAGAACAGGCUCAGAUCUUACUGGAAUUACUAGCACAAGGCAACCCAAAGUAUCAACUACAAGUGUACAAAGGAUUGAUUGCAUUAUUACCAUGCACUUCCCCAAAGGUACAACAACUGGCUCUUCAGACACUUAUGACUUUGCAGACAGCUGUAAAGAUUGUACAUCCUUGCAUUGUGGAACCACUUUUGAACGUAUUGAAAACCAUUCACUACGAAGUGCAAUAUGAAGGAAUCGAAUUUAUCAAGGUACUUCUGAAAUAUAAUGUACGAAAAGCUCUGCUAGAAGGAUUAGUUGCACGCCUUAAUCCAUCAGUGGAUAACAUACAGAAUCGACCGAAAAUUCUUGAUGAUGAACCCACCUUACCUUUGUUUGUACAACAGACUGCAGCAGCCAAAGCAAUUGGUUUACUCAUUCAAGAAUCUGCUGAGAUAGCUGAGGAAUUGUUGCAACUUAGAGUAGUGCAUCACCUCAUGAUUGCUAUGGGCAAUCUGAAUCAUGCUGACAGCCAAAGACAAGCUAGUUUGACAUUGGAACACCUGGUUCGUACAUUUCCAGUUGUUGAAGAAAAUGUACGAAAAGCCAUGGGAGAAACACUCUUUGAAUUAUAUAUGACAGAUCCAGGGAGUUUCUACUUGAAGAUGGACUCAAUCCAAGCUGCUGUUUUGGUUGGAAACAAAAUCAAUAUUCCAGGAAUUGAAGAAGGACCAGAAUAAAACCCAUGUCUUCAGGUGUAGCAUGACAAGAAGGAGUUCCUUUUUUAAGCUAAAGUAAAAGAUGAAUGCAUCAUUUUUAUGAACUGAUUACAUUUUCAAAUAGACUUAAGGUAGAUGGAACAAAGCAGUGCUUGGAUUAGCUCAAUGACUUUCUAAUUCCAUUUUAAAAUGUAGUGAAACUUCUUUCUAACUAUUAGUGAUUAGCAUGCUUUAUCGACUGUACUUGAACUGACUUUAACAAUGUGAAUAUGAGCCAUUGGUUUAUAACCAGCACUGUACACCAUUGGAGUGAUUAAAAUUCAAUUUCUUAAUUAUUUCUGAGUA